GCAGAAUUCUAGCCGGUUAAGAAGAAGAUCAUAUAGGUCGUGUCUGCCAAUACAAGGGCAAUGUUUAAGGAAUUCGGAAUUAUGCAACUAAAGGUAAUAACCGGAUAAAAGAGUUAUGUUAAAUCAAGUUAACGACGAUCGAUGGCAAGUGCUUCCCUAUAAAAGCAACGAUUCUAUUCAGACUACUCUUACUUGGUGCUGACCAGCACUAAGAAAAUUCAGGAUAAUUUGAUCGUUAUUAAUCAUCAUGUGUGAUCAAUAUGUAUGAUUAAAAACAGAAGGAAUCUAAACGAUAUUUCUUAAUUUUGAAUCAAAAGAAUCAAAAGAAUCAACAAAUGUAAAGUUAAUAAAACGCCAUGUCGGAAGUGUAUCAAACAUUUUUCGCGUUUUAUACUUUUCUUUUCUCUCCAUUGGUUAUUCUACUAUUAAUAUGUUCGUAUCUAUGUCGCUGUGUCAUAGAGAUCAUUUUAAGAAUACAAUUAAAGGAUAAAUUCGUGGGUCUCCUUGAUGGGAUGGAUUGCGUUUGGGCCGUAGAACAAUCAUCGGCACUUUCUGUGAAUAAUAUCCUAAUGAUUUUAGAAAAAGAUGCUCGUCACUCGAACAUCAAUUUCCUGGAGAGUUUUCGCGAUUUGGUGAAGAAUCGCAUAGUAUGCUCGUCUUUUGAAAAGUUAUUGUAUAAGAGAAAGAGAAAAUUUGGCUAUUAUUUCUGGGAGAGAAGUGAAGAGAUCGAUCUGAGAGAACGUAUCAGAUGGUUGGAGUACGAACGCACGAAUUGCGACGGAUCCUGUGAUAAUAUUUACAAUAGUCAUCUGAAAAAAGUUUUAUGGAAUAUUUGCAAUCAGCCUUUACCGGAGAAUCACACAGCAUCCUGGGAGAUCCUAAUUGGAAAAUGUUGCCCCAGAUUAAGUCAUCAUUAUCUUCGACGAAUGGAGGAACGUUUGACGAAUAAAAUCAAGAUUCCCAUUUUAUUUCGUGUCCAUCAUUCUUUAGGCGAUGGUAUGGCUCUUCUAAAAUUCUUUAGAGAUGUUAUUAUUGAUAAGGAACCAGUUCCGGAAACAUUCUUGCAGCUGGAUAGCAGUUUGAAAAUGAAGAACGAGAAAACUAAAAAGCAGAAUGUAAUAGUAUCUUUGAUGAAUCCUACGAAUGGAGAGAAUAGUUUGGACAAUAAUUCGUUUCAAAAGAGAAUCAUGUCGGCGUCGAUGCCAUUUAUUCAUUUUACGAUGUUCUCAUAUUUUUUUCUAUUAUUAUGGAAACAUUUUAAUAGAUGGUUAAAGUAUUUACAAGAUGUUACUUUAGAAGACUUGAAAUGCGAAAUAAAAAUGUUUCUAAGAAGAGAACAAGACAGAUUAAAAGUUUUCUUCUCGGAAAUGAUUUGUAAAAAGAUACAGAGCGGUUUAAAAAUGGCGAAAGUUAUUAUAAAUCUUCCUGGUUGCCUGAUUCAACAAGCUUUUCGUAGCAUGGACAAAAGCGCACUCCAUGGAGCAGAAUUAUCAGGCGAAAAAUGUUCUUACUGGCUUGAAGACGAUUUCAAAAAUGCCUGUAAUCAAAAAUUGUUUACAAAAAUACAAAAUAUAAGAAGUAUCACUGGUGCUAGAUUUGGAGAUGUACUAUUAGCUGCUUUAUCAGUUAGUUUACACAAAUAUUUCCUUAAUAUAAACGAAUUCGUUCCAACAAAAUUAAGCGUUGUUUUACCGAUGAAAAUCGAAGAAUGGAGCGAGAACUUUCCUCUGCAAAAUAAUAUUUCAGUCGGUAUAUUGCCCCUCUGCAUUUCACAAAUAAAGGGUAAACAGCUUGCAGAUCCACGAGAGAAUUCUCAAAUUCUAGAACGCCUUCAAGAUAUUAGAAAAGCGAAUGAUGUGCUUAGAAAAAGUCUUGAUUACACAGUGAAUUUCUUAGUGAUGAAGUAUCUCUCAGCUAUGCUGCCCGACAAGUUUUUACGACCAAUCUUAAAAAGUCAUAGCACUAUGGUGUUUAGCAAUUUAGUUGGUCCUCAAGAAGUGAAACUUUUGGGACAUCCUUUAAAAAAUAUCGUUUUUUGGAUACCAAACAGAAGUUAUACAGGAAUUGGAUGUUCAUUAUUAACAUAUCGAGGUUAUCUGCAUUUAUCUUUGAUUGCCGAUAAAGCUUUAGUACAAAGCGAAAAGGCUCUUACCAGAAUUUUAGAAAACACGGUAAAUGAAAUCGACAAUCUUUAUGACAGAUUAACUUUGUCAUUUUUUUCGAAGAAACUUCAUAGAAGUAUAUCAACACCUACGAAGAAAGCAAUCAGUGUAUUAUAAAAUUAUGGAGAAUAUUUAUAUUUUUUUUUUAUCUUUUUAUCGUUUAUUAAUUCUUUUUUGAAAUUAAUUUUUAUUUUAUCGUAAAACAUAAUCAUUGUAUUUUAUCAUAAAAAAUUUAUGUAAAUAAUGAAUAUUUGAGGUGAGACCCCAAAUUAUACUGUAUUGAUUUGUAUUUUAUACUAUGUAUAAUUAAAAAUUAUAUUUUCUUAAACAUA